AUGCCCUUCCAAGUAUCUCAGGACUCAGCUUAUGAAGCCUGUCACAGCCUCCCAUUUGGCUCUCAGAGCCAUACCCACUCGCCCCUCUUUCAACAUCACCAGAUAGCCGCCGUUGAAUGGUGCGGGACAACCCGGCCUGGCCAGACAAAAAAAGAACGCAGCGCGCCUCGAGCGUUAUUUCCCGAUCGGGCGUAUUAUCAACCAAGCCCAGCUUGA